AUGGCGAACGGUGCCUGCGCUUCGUGCAAGGCCAAGAAGAAGCGAUGCACCCACCGUGAUCUGCCAGCAGAGGUUGUCGACGCUGAGACCACCCUAGCCAACAUGCCUUCCCCCUCUGCCCCUGCCAUCAAGGGACGUCGCAAGGCGACCGAGAACAACAAUGCUGCUGAAGACAGCAAGGCCGCCGGUGACAACAGCACCAUCGAGGUCAAUGCCGCUGACAACGACAUCGCUGACGACAACGCCAAGGAACUGAGCCCUGGCCCCGUCGACUCUAGCGACGAGCUCUCUGUCGUCCCCUCCGAGGUCGAGAAGAAGAAGCCAGCCAAGAAGCGUACCAAGCGCACUCGUCGUUCCAAGGCCGCAUCCCAGCCCCAGGACGAGGUCCCUCGCCUUCCCACCGAUCCCGUGGAGGCUGCUUGUGCCAUGUCCGUUCACACUGUCUUUGCCCGUGAGCUUCGAUUUCACAUCCAGGAGUUCCGUCAGAAUAUGGAGGCUUCUCGUGUUGCUCACCAGGCUACCAUGGCCUCCGCCCAGACUGUUCAGGACACUGUCGAUGGUUGGGUUGAAGCUUGGACCUCUGGUCGCUAA